AAUGACAUUACGACAAGAAGGUUCCGAUUUCCGGAGAAUCUGGAACUCCAAGUGAAAAUGGAAAUAUGAAACUUGAUGUUUUGACUUUUUGGAUCAUUUAUAAUAUAAAUCAAAGGCGAUCAUGGUCAGUGCAUUUAACCUGACAUAGCAUUGACAACAAAACACAUUUUAUUUCUUGUAACUUUCAAUGUAAAAAUGGUAGCUGAUGAUGAAAAUUCGACGGAGCUCGAGGAAACAACAUCGUUCGAUGGAGAAUCUUCAAGUUGUUUUUUCAGUGAAGAGGAAAUUGACAACUUUUUGGAUUCCCCGCAUAUUGAAUAUAAUUUUACUGAUUUAAAAAAAAUAGGUGCUGGCGGAUUUGGGUCAGUGUAUGAAGCCGUCCAUACCAUCGAAGACAAAAAAUAUGCUCUCAAAUUUGUGAAAAUAUUUUCUUUAGAUUUUGAUGAACGGGAAGUUAAAAUUUUGGCUUCACUUAAUCAUCCAAAUGUCCUCAGAUAUUAUACUUCUUGGAUAACACCAUUCCAUAAAUGGAGUUCUUGUUCAGAAGGAUCUGGAAAAGAAAAUUCCGAUAGUAUUGUAUCUUUUGAAAAAGAAAUUCCCCCUUCUGAAAAAAAUAAUGCAGUGGUUAGUACUGACUCUAAAUCGAAAAAUAGUAAAAGUUCAGAGUUCAUCUAUGAUGCCUGUUUGGUUAUUCAAACUGAGCUUUGCAACCCUAAUAAGAAUCUCGAAAUUCUAAUCCAUGAAGGAGAAAUAUUCACAAUGAGUGAUAAGAAGAGACUUAAUCUGUUUUUGGAUAUCGUGUCUGGCCUGGAGUACAUGCACAGUAAAGGCAUCAUGCAUCGUGACUUGAAACCUUCAAAUAUUUUAUUAGACAUAGACAAUCGAGCAAAAAUAGGAGAUUUUGGAUUUGCCAGGAAAUGCAAAUUGUCUCCUGCAGGUAAAACAUCUGAAAAUGAGUUUUCUCAAAAUGUGGGAACAUGUCUAUAUGUUGCACCAGAAGUUAGAGAUUCGACCGUCUAUGAUAAAAACGCCGAUAUCUACAGUCUCGGAAUGAUACUGUUUGAGAUGUAUCAUAAAAUGGGAUCACGAAUGGAAAGAAUUAAAAUCAUGGCAAAACUUAGAAAUCAAGAAUUUAGUGAUUUAAAAAAUAUUCCGGCCCAGUUUAGAAAUGUUCGACUUUUGGUUAAAAGUCUUCUUAGCCACGACCCCCAAUUGAGAAAGACGUUAAAGAGGAUAAUAAAGUUAAUGUCACCAUCAGAACAACAGCGACGUUCUAGAAGGAUUACAGGAUAUGCUCAAUCAAGACCAAGGGCUCUAAGAACAAAUAAACCACCUGAUGGAGCUCAUGAAACGUUCCACUGGCAAAACGGAAGACUAGUACUAAGAACCAUGGGAAUGAUGGAGACAACUCAUAAAAGCUGAGACGUGCUAGGUUAGCAAGGGACAGAUUUGUGAAAUUGAGAGUUGCUGUACUUGAAGGCUUAUGAGUGUUGCUAAAAUUCAUGAAAUGAUUUUUAAUGAUUAUCAUUAGUUAGACUUUUGUGACUUGCUGAAAUUGGUCUGCAAUAUGUAGGCCCCUUCUGUUAAGUACAUGAGAAUCAAAAGUAACAUGCGAAGCUUGCGGCUACAUGUAUCACUGUUGUGUUAAAUUUACACAGUAAAAUUGCAAGUCACAGACGGGAAGUAAAAUAACGCAAAAAGUAAGUGGGUGGAUAUAGUAAACUGUACAUUGUUAGGUUUUUGAGUUCUGUGAUGGUGCAACAUGCACACAGUACGGAAUGUCAACCCUUUUCAGGGAAUUAGCCGGGGAGGUCUAAACAGCUGAAAAAUCAUGGAAAAUGGGCAUAAUAUGAAUUUUAAGGGUCGAAAUCUCAGAAAAACCAGUAUGUAGAAAAUUUUACACGUUCUGACUAGUAAUUUUCCUCAGAAAUAGGUUGUUGGCCUUAUAAGUAGUAAAUUAAAGGUACUUGUGCUGAAUGGGAACUGAGGAAAUUCUAGGUACAGAAUUCCAAAGACACACAUCCCCUGACUACAGUGAAUUGGAUUAAAAUAACUGUCCCGUGCCACUUAAGAUACAUGUUUAAUGAGUCACUUGAGGUAUGCAGAAAAAUAGAAAAUAGUACAGGAAUCUUUUGAAAUACCAGUUUCGUCAUUCAAAGCUGUUUAUUUAACACAACAAAUCAACAAUUAUGAAUCAUGCAUAGUACCGUCUGCAAAAAAUAAAGUGAAAAGGAAGGACUCAAAAGCCUGUUUUAGCAUAAAUUAAUGUGUUCAUUAAGCUUGUAAUUUUUAGGUCAGAAGCCAUUGUGAGAGUUCUCUAGAAAUUGCAAACAUUCAACGAAUGACGAGGCAUUUUUUUUAUGGUGGAAUCUAUAGUUGCUCUAAAUGCAGAUAUUAUUACAAUUAUAAUCCUCAAAGGAGUAUGUUUGUAGAGUCUUUGAAAAUCCCAGAAAUGCAUUCUGUAUAUUAAUGGUAUCUUUUGAAUUUCAUUACAUAUAAACAUGUAGCUUAAUAACAAGGAUCAUGCCCUUACAUGUAUUAUAUAUAUUUCGAUGCAAUUAUCAUAAUUGUGUAGAUAUAUGACUGUUAAAUUGUUUUGUUGAAUAGUGUGCUUUAUCAUUAUUUUUUCAACAUGGAUUUGCAUCCAUUGUAUUGUUAAAGUGAUUCACGAUAUAAUAUGUUGAUCAAAAUAAGUCACGUGACAAAUUUGUAGUAAGGCAUUUGUAUACAAAAUAACAAAAUGAUUCAUUCAAAGCUAUUGAUUUCAUUGAAAGCAUGAAAAUUUAUGCCCAUGAAUAAAAAUAAAACCACAAGAGCAGACGGAAUAAUUAGAUCAAUUGUCUAGGACGUUUAAAUUAAUAUAUUAUGUCAAUUGCAUAUUUUAAAGUAUUGUAUAUAGUCUAUUUAAUUCAAGAAAAAAAACCGGCAUAAUCUUAUGCCAAGAUAAUACCGUAUAAACACAUUUAAUGGAUAUUUUUAUUGUAAAGAAUAAAUUUUACUCAAUAUUUUGAUAUUAUAUUCUGACAACUCAAACCUAGUGUAAACAACCUCCUUAAAUGCUACAUGUCCUAGUUUGUCAAAAAAGUUAUAUUUAUCGUAACGUAUUUGUUCCUUCGUCACAAAUAAUCAAAUAUCUUUAAAAAAAAGUUGAUGAUUAUAAAUUCGUUGUAAAUA